UCACCGUUGACGUCCUCUUAAAUUUUCCUUGCCUUAUAAGUGGAAAAUUAAGGAGUGUAAUCCACUGACAGCCACCGUGCUGCCGCAGCGAACUUGCGGAGGGAGGAAAUGCGACGUCAUUCAAGGAAGAAGAAUGUUUUGGCAGUGCUCCUUCUCAUUGGGGGAUUGUACUUCAUUAGCCAUUCAGACUUCCUCAUUGCUGGCCUGACAAGGUCACAUCAAAGUGUACAUCUAAAUGAAUUAUCUUGGCAAGCAGAGAGGUUGGUUAGUAAGGAGUCCUGGGUUGAACAGGGAGAUUACCUCCCUCUCAAUGUGUCCUAUCAGCUGCUUGCUGGAGCACCAUCGACUCAACAGAGGUAUUUAUCUGUUGGAUUAUCAUCGGUAAAGAGGAAGAAGGGCAGCUAUCUAAUUCCCACCCUUCAGUCCCUCUUCUCCCAGUCGUCUCCUGAAGAGAGCUCCUCCAUGGUGGUGAUAGUGCUGCUAGCAGAUUUCGAUGUGACCUGGAGGGUCACUACAGUGAGGGAGAUCAAAACUGCAUUUGCCUCACAGCUGGAACAAGGCCAUCUGGUAGUCCUCCAUGUUCCUCAGUAUUGGUAUCCUCCUGUUACAGGUCUAAAGAGGAACUACAAUGAUGCUCCAGAAAGGGUAUCAUUUCGCUCCAAGCAGAACUUGGAUUACUCCUUCCUCAUCCACUACAGUGCUGGUCUUGGCCAGUACUACCUCCAGUUGGAGGAUGAUAUCUCUUCUGCCAAAAACUUCCUUACCACCAUCAAGAAACACGUUGAGGAGCAAGAGGCAAAGAAGACUACUUGGGCAAUGCUGGAGUUUUCAGCCCUUGGCUACAUCGGGAAACUCUACAAAUCAGUCCACCUUCCUCUCCUGGCCCGCUUCCUCUUCCUCUUCUACCAGGAAAUGCCCUGCGAUUGGUUGAUGUCUCACUUUCGAGUGCUUCUGACUCAGAAAGAGCCAAUCCUAUUUAAACCCUCACUGUUCCAGCACAUGGGCACUUUUUCCUCAUUCCAAGGGACAUACAACAAGCUAAAGGACAAGGACUUUGAGGAGGGGUUCUACACUAAUCCUGCAGCUGAAGUUUACUCUGAUAUGUCCACAUACCAGAAGCACUUCCCAAAACUGGCCUGGGAUGCUGGGGAAGGAUUUUUCUGGGGACGCUCCCCAGAAGAACGAAAUUACCUGACUGUGGUGUUCACGGACCCUACAGUGAUAACAAGUAUAUUUGUAGAAACAGGUUCAGGGGGUAAAGACCUCCUGCAGGCAGCUCAGGUGGAGAUAGGCCACGACAUAGUUACCAUCGAGAAAGGGGAGAAAAGUUGUAAAGAGUUCCAGUCAGUGGGGACGUUAGAGAAUGGGAAGUUCGAGAUGCAGGAGAUUGACAAAAAUUAUAGCUCUGCCUCUUCCUGUCUGAGGAUACAAGUCACAGCUACGCAGAAAGAUUGGGUGAUCAUUAAGAAAAUCAGGAUCACAACAAAGCUGAAUACACCUACACCCCAAGCAUAGGUGUGAAUUCUUCCUGUCAGAUUAAUAAUGUAUUAUUAUCUGCUACAGAUCUGCUAUCUGAACAUUUUACUUUCGUGCCUUGUUAAACAGUUUCAUUGAUGAAACAAGUCAGUGCUUAAUGCAACUGUGUAAAGCUACUGUAGGUAUGAAAAAAAUGUUUGAACAAGCUCUGUGAUGUCUCUUCAACUUAAUGAAGACAUUUGCAAUGUUAAAGCUCAUAUCUGCAAAAAGAAAGCAGUUCCAUGUGUUUAUAUAUUUUAAUACAUUAAAGUAAAUACAUUAUGACUCAGUCUGACUUUGACAUGUGCAUGUUAAAGCUGCCUAUUUUUAUUGUCUAUUGUUUGUAAAUGUUGAGAUGGGAGGAGGGAGCAACUCACUGAAAUUCAUGUGGUUUUAUAAUGAGUCAUGGGGACAGGGACAUUGUGUGUUGCAGGCAAAUGUGCUGUGGUUUUAUUUCUCAAACUAUGGAAGACAGGGUGAGAUUGUAAGACACAUUGGCCUUUUAAUCAAAACACAGCAAAGUUUUCGUAGAAGUUGAGAGGAUACCUAAUCAAACUACUGCCUGACAAAAGCAUGUUCUAACGGUCAACUCUUGUUUCCACAGAGGAGAGAACAACAUCUCAUUCUUAUGCAAUGUUUAAUCACACUGGAACUCUUAUUGUUAUGCUGGUCAGCUCACAGAGAAGUAAGACAUUUUAGAGGGACAACUGAUAAAAUAGUAACCAGAACAGAAGUAUAAGCCACAUAGAAAGAGGGAGGGAGGAGAUAGGUCGAUAUAGGCAGUGUCAAAAUGGAUUUGGGAUGGGGGUGAGGUAGUUGCUUCUGUCAGUAAUCAUAAUGAGUCAUACAUCCAUCAAAAAAUAUUU